AGCCGAGGUUGGGAGGUGGCCAGGCCUUCGCCAGGCUCUCAGCGUAGCCACCGCUGCCUCUAUCUGGUUCUGGCGCUGGGCACCCUCAUCGGCCCCCCACCUGCCAUGUCAGAGGAGACCCAGGAAGACACCGUGGAACUGAUGAGAAGCCGGCCGCCACUGGCUCCCAACCACGCGCAGGAGGUGCGCCUCCACCGAGUGGAGUCCAUCAGCGACCUACACAACGGCGGUCCGCUGUGCCCCUACCUGGCCGAGGAGGGGCAGCCGUGGGGCGAGCUGCUGGGCGUCCUGCCGCCCUCACUGUGCGCCCAGGCCGACUGCGGCCCAGUGCACGGCCGCGGGGCCUUCCUGCUGCUGCUGGCGCUGCUGGCGCUCACCUGCCUGGCGCUGGCCGUGCUGGCCGUCUACCUGAGUGUGCUGCAGAGCGAGUCCCUCCGCGUGCUGGCGCACACGCUGCGAACCCAGGAGGAGGUGCUGCUCAAACUCCGGCUUGCCAGUCUCAGCCAGCUGCGGAGGCUCAACUCCAGCGAGGCCCGAGCGCCCAGCUGAGAUGCCGCUCGGACCCGGGGCCUGGGGGUAUGUGCCGGGGAAUAAAGUGGCCGUUGGCAGCUUUCUCCUCUCCCACUGCUGCUCCUCACGAUUUCCUGGCUG